AUGACGGACGAUCUGGGCUUCAAGCUGAUGCGGCGGGGCGUGAAGGUGGCGGCCAAGGAGAGCAUCCUGACCCCCAGGUUCUACACUACCGACUUUGACGAGGUGGAUGACAUCUUCAACCUGGAGAAGAACCCCAACCUGCCCAUGGAGGAGCUGACCGCCAUGCUGGAGGAAUUCCGCAAGGACUACAACCAGAAGCACUUUGUGCGCAACGACGGCUUCCACGAUGCCGCCGACGAGAUCCAGGGACCCAUGCGCAAGAUCUUCAUUGAGUUCCUGGAGCGCUCCUGCACCGCGGAGUUCUCCGGCUUCCUGCUGUACAAGGAGCUGGGCCGCCGCCUGCAGAAGUCCAACCCCGUGGUGGCGGAGAUCUUCACGCUGCUGGCCCGCGACGAGGCCCGCCACGCCGGCUUCAUCAACAAGGCCCUGUCGGACUUCAACCUUGCCCUCGACCUGGGCUUCCUCACCAAGAACCGCACCUACACCUUCUUCAAGCCCAAGUUCAUCAUCUACGCCACCUACCUGUCGGAGAAGAUCGGGUACUGGCGGUACAUCAGCAUGUACCGCCACCUCCAGCGCAACCCCGACAACCAGCUGUACCCCAUGUUUGAGUACUUUGAGAACUGGUGCCAGGACGAGAACCGCCACGGCGACUUCCUGACCGCGGUGCUCAAGGCGCGGCCGGAGCUGCUCAACGGCCUCGAGGCGCGCCUGUGGUCCCGCUUCUUCUGCCUCUCCGUCUACAUCACCAUGUACCUCAACGACCACUCCCGCUCCGCCUUCUACGGCGCCCUGGGCCUCAACACCACCCAGUUCAACCGCCACGUUAUCAUCGAGACCAACAACGCCACAGCACGGGUGUUCCCAGAGGUGCCCGACUGCGACGCCCCCGGCUUCUGGGAUGUGAUGGACCGCAUGGUUGGCUACAACGAGAAGCUGAUUGCCAUCGACCGCAGCGAGGCACCCGAGUUCCUCAAGAAGCUGCAGAAGCUGCCCUACACCGAGCGCAUCCUGGCGGGCUGCCUGCAGCUCUUCUUCAUGCCCACCCUGCGCUCCGGCAGCUUCGACAUCGAGGGCGCGGGCAGCUACCAGUACUGA